AUGGAUGAAGAAUUACGUGCCAUUAGGGAAGCUAGAUUAAGAGAAUUGAAGCAAGGUGGGUCCAGCAGCGCACAAGGCCAAGGAGGUGCUCAAGCCCAAGCUCAAGCCCAGACACAACAAAUAUUGAACCAGAUAUUAGAUGCAAACGCCCAAGAAAGGUUGAGCAGAGUUGCUUUGGUGCGGCCAGAGCGUGUGAAAGCUGUUGAAUCGUAUUUGAUGCAAGCAGUGAGGUCCGGAGCCAUUCGGAAUAAAUUAACCGAGAACGAUAUAGUGGGUAUCCUUGAGUCUGUUGGUAGAGACGAGCAAAAGCGUAACACCACACGUAUCAUUUUCGACAGGAGGGAGAAGAGUGCUUUGCCAGAAGAUGGCCAAAGCGACGAUGACGAUGACUUUUUCGAUUGA